UCCACAACCGUUAACGGCCACAUUGGUGGUCCGGCAACCCCGAAGCCAGGUGCGCGGCUGUGCCGACCCCGCCGGAAGCCAGGUGUGGGGUCCCGCGGGGAACAUGGACGAGGCGCCCCUGCUGGGCGGGAUGUCCAGCCCCGAAGAUGAGAUGGGGCCGGACCUUUUCGGCGCAGACGGCCGGUUUGUUUCGGAAAACGCGGGCCUGAAAGCGCCGGCGGUGGUGAAGGCGGAGGAGGAGGAGUUCCACGUGUUCAAGGACCCCUACCUGAGCCCCGCGGGCCCCACGGAGCCCCUGCUGCACGCCUUCAACCCGCCGCUGAGCGCCGACUUCGGCAGCAAGGUCAAGGUGGAGCUGCUGGUGGACGACCGCGAGGAGGAGAUCCUGGGCCAGUUCCCCGGUCUCGCCGAGCUCGACCCCCUGGAGGACGCGGUGCUCCCCGCCGCCCCGCCGCCCCCGCCCAUUUACAACGUCCACCUCCUGUCCUCCCUGCUGACCCCGCACCGCAGCCCCGCCCUCGUGCCCCUGGGCGCCUGGGCCCUGGACGGAGCCGCCCACGCCGGCGUCCGGGUGAUCCCAGUGGAAGUGAAGGAAGGAGGUGGCGUUGUGCCGAGAGAGGGCGUGGAGGAGGCCGCUCUGCAGAACCCUCCGUCCCAGGAGCCCUGCAAGUUCCCGUCCUCGCAAGACGCCGAGGAUGCCCCGGGCGGCUCUCAGAAGGACGCGAACACCAUGGUGCUCUGCCAGUUGAAGGGCGGCACGCAGAUGCUGUGCACAGACACCCCAAGUGCGCGGGAACUGAAAGCACUCCACCUGGUUCCUCAGUAUCAAGACCAAAACAAUUCUCUGCAGCCAGAUGUCCCUAAGCCAAUGACUGCUUUAGUAGGAAGAUUUUUGCCAGUGCCAGCAAAAGUGAAUCUCAUUACACAACAGCUGGACCACGGAGCCCAGCCGGCCGCUGCCUCGGGGCCAGCUCUGCCCUCGGGACCAGCCCUCCCUGGAGCGCCCAGGAUAACGCUGGCUGGGUACUGCGACUGCUUUGCCGGCGGCGGGGACUUCUGCAGCAACUGCAGCUGCGAGGCCUGCUGCAGCACCUUCCGCCAAGGGCUCGAGCGCUUCAAGGCCCUUCAGGCCAAAAUCAUGUGCUCCUCGAUCUGCAAAUGCACUGGCUGCAAAAACUAUGAAGAAAGCCCCAAACAAAAAACACUAAUGGCCGUGCCAAGCUACGCGGAAGCUGGCAGUUUGGAAGGCAGCCAGCACGUGUCAGCACUCCCCAAACUCCGGAAGGAGAGGCGGUCCUCGUGCAUCUCCUGGGAGGUGGUGGAAGCCGCAUGCGCCUGUCUGCUGGCUCAGGGAGAGGAGGCGGAGAAGGGGCACUGCUCGGAGUGCCUGGCCCAGCAGAUGGUCCUGGAGGAGUUCGGGAGGUGCCUGUCCCAGAUCCUCCUCAUCGAGUUCAAAUCCAAAGGGUUGAAGAUGGAGUAGAGGAGAAGGUGGGGAGCGAGGGGGCCGCGGGUCUGCGCUCGGGGUCCCGGGAUCCAUGGAGGGGAAGGCUGCUCUAAGGAACAUCAGGCCGGUGUGUGUCCACAGCUGCACCAUUGAGGGGACCCGGGGGCUUAGUCUAGGAGGGUUUGGCAUCCAUAGCCCCUGUGUGAGGAGGGGCGUGACUGACCCCAUGGCGGGGCCAGGGGGGAGCAUGGGCUCCUCUGCACCCACACCCAUGCUGGUGGGGACACCGGGCGGAGAGGAGUCACCCCUAUUGGCCUCAUCCCCUCAAGGAGUCUUCUCUGGAGGCUUCUCUGCGUAAAAGCCAUAAAUAUUUCCCCCAAUUUUUUAGAAAUGACGUCUCCAGGUGGGCUGUUGGGAUACAACCUGAGAUCUCGAGAGAACCGUGAACACCCACGGGAUCUCAGUGCAGGCUGUCCCAGCGCCGAGGGGUUAUCAGCCCGGCUAACGCCGGACACCGAGGGAGAGCGGGCGCACCGGCCACGCUUCCAUCCGUAGCAUCUUGAGUUGUGGGACUGGAAUUUUCUUAGGAGUUUCUGUUUGAAUUGUGGAAAAGCUCUGUUAUCCAAUUAACUUCUCCAUGAUCACUGUUAAGCUAUUGUUGUUGGUAGAGUAUGGUUAAACAACUAGUUUGCAGAAAGUAGCAGGUAAUGUUAGUUGUAAGUUGACGCCUUUGGUUCUAUUGAAAAGCAAAGAAUAAAAAUUUUAGCUGUCUCCUG